UACAUUUCACCACCAUGCAAAGACCAAAACUAACUUAGAUCGACCAUCCUUUGUUUUUCCUGUAGUUUGAUUUUUUUUUUUCUUUCAGGUUUACAUUAUAUCCCACAGGUGAGUACUAAGAUUAUUUCAUUAUUUGUUGAUGUAAAUGUUUUGCUAACCUGAUAGUGACCUUACGAAAUGGCUGCUUUAAAAAACUACUACUAAGUACUGUCCCAUAAAAACUACUUUUUAAAAGAUGAUGGGGAAUUUAGGUGUUGAGAAAAUACAUAAAAAUUGAACUUGGAACGAAUAAACCGCGCCGUUUGUAUGCCCCGCCCCCUUCCUCUUUGAUUAAACGUCACCGUCAACGUUAAAUCAACGUCACUGCUCCAAGCUGCAAAGUGUCAAUACUUUGACUACAGACACUCAACACAAAAAUAAUGUCAUGGGUUGAAUAAAGUCGGUUUCCAAGCUCCUGGAGGGUCCUGCACCCAGCCGUUAGUGAACUGUACAUGAGAGGCUAAAGAUUUGGAGUGGAGACUGAACCGAUGUGUAGGCACUCACCACAAACAAGACAGGCAGACGGACAGACGGCAGGACGGAUACACGGGUGGGGGCUGUGCUAGGCGGCUCGGCGGCAGGCUGGUGGAAGAUGUCGUCAGGAGCCGGUGGGAGGGGCGGCAGGCAGCUCAGGGGGACGGCAAACAGUGGCGGUGGAGGAGGCAGAGGAGGGGCAGGAGAAGCAGAGGAAGGCCCUGUGGGGAUCCCUUUCCCUGAGCACAGCGCAGACAUCCUGGGCAACCUGAACAAGCAGCGGCUCAGUGGCCUGCUGUGUGAUGUGCUCCUGGUUACUCCGGAUCGGGAGUUCCCAGCUCAUCGCUCCGUCCUGGCUUCCUGCAGCCCGUACUUCCACAAGCUCUUCACUUCUGGGGCUGCUGCUGACCAACAGAACGUCUACAACAUCGACUUUCUGGCAACAGAGGCUCUGGGAGCAUUGCUGGACUUUGCCUACACGGCCACUCUAACUGUCAGUCACAGCAGUGUGGCUGACAUCCUUGCUGCUGCACGCCUCCUGGAAAUCUCACCCGUCCAGGAUGUCUGCACGCACCUGCUGGACACCAAAGUGCUCUCCCCGCCGGCGGGCAGUGAGCAAAGAGAUGAAGAUGAAGAAAAAGAAGGAAAGGGCAGAGGAGGCAAGGAGCAGGGGAACCGUGUGCGGGCCCGGGAGUACCUGGAGUACUUCCAGAGAGGGGCACACUGGAGCAGCAGCUGCAGCACGCCAGAGCUCAGGGACUUGCCCACGCACCUGCACUUUAACCACGGCAAUGGCCCUAGCAAUGGAGCUCCUGGUGGCCAUGGUGAGUACUACUCCCCUUUGGCCCUCGCCUUGGCCCAGGCCCCAACACAGGAGCACGAGGAAGAAGAUGAGGAUGAUUACGAGGAAGAGGAUGGGGAGACAGUGCAGGGAAAUGGAGCAAGCCUGGGGUCAUCUUUCUAUCCCCCGUCCCAAAACGGGCACUUCUACCUCCCCCCUGACUCUAGGUUGGGGCAGGAGACAGAAAUGGAGGAUGGGAGUAGGGAGGUGUUGACAAGAGAGAGGGGUUCAGCCAGUGCCCUCCUGCAGCAGAUGAUGGACUCCAUCGAGAGGCAAAAGGAGCGCCCAGUGACCGGGGAGGAACCAGGAGAUGGGGAUGACCCAGACAUGGAAUUUUACUUGAAUUAUUUUAACAGCACGCAACCCGAGGAUGCAGCUUCUGCUGCUGUGUCACAUGGUGUGCCUCCACUCUGGUUAUCAAGGGGCAGUACAGGCCAAGACAGAGCUGGAGGAGAGAGAGGCAACGGGGGUGGAGGAGGAGGUGGUGGAGAGAGGAAGAUGCGCUCUAAGGCCUUCCAGAAGUGCCCCAUAUGCUCCAAGGUCAUCCAAGGUGCAGGCAAGCUUCCCCGCCACAUUCGAACGCACACGGGAGAGAAACCCUAUGAAUGCGCCAUCUGCAAAGUGCGCUUUACCAGGCAGGACAAGCUCAAGGUUCAUAUGAGAAAGCAUACAGGAGAGAAGCCUUACCUGUGUACGCAGUGUGGAGCCGCCUUUGCUCACAACUACGACCUAAAGAACCACAUGCGUGUACACACAGGCCUGCGCCCCUAUCAGUGCUCAAGCUGCUUUAAGACUUUUGUGCGCUCGGAUCACCUGCACCGCCACCUUAAGAAGGACGGCUGCAACGGCAUCCCAUCCCGCCGGGGUCGAAAGCCUCGGGUGCGGGAGCCAACGCUCCUCGAGCCCCCGUUGGGCCUGCUGAGCCCCAGCUCUGAAACGGUCCCCGGGCCUCGUACCAUCAGGGGACGGCGGCAUUCAGAGUCAACCUCGGCAGCAGAGGUGGGGGGGGUUUCUGGAGGUCACACACUCAGCCCUCAGCUGCAGGAGCUGGCAGAGGAGGCUGGGCCCUGAGACUGCAGGAGCAACAAGGACACUGCUGGAUACCAUAGUCACUCUGUGCUGCCUGUGAGACAGGCCAGUGAACAGAGGAGAAAAAACAUGCAAAGGCAAACUUAAAAAAAGAAAAAAGAAAAAAACAAAACAACUAACUAUUCCUCUAUAAACCAAAUCAGGGUGUCACAAAAAUCUAAUAUUUUUUAUUUCUUUCUCGUUUUACUUUAGAAAACAGUAGACUUGCAAAGCAAUUUGGUUUAUUUGUGAAAGAGCAAAGAACGCUUCAAAUCAUCCGCCCAUCACGUCCACUUUCUGGGUCAUUUCUUUCUUUAUAAUAUUCGGGGUUUUAUACAUUGGCAUAUGUGCUUAGGCAAAUGUAUAAUAGAUACAAAGUAACUCUGAGCAACUAUGCAGUUGAUUUAGGUUUUUAUUGGUUUUGUCCUCACAGCCUUCAAGCUCUGUGCAAGGUGUCUCUCAAGUACCUUCUGGCUGCUGUACGGGUGAAGUGAGGACAAAUUCUCCCAGUGAAAACAACUCUUUUUUAUUCUUUUGCAGGUCUGAAAUGUACAGUUACCAUAGAAACAACAUUGCCACAAUAUGGCAUAUGCAAGGAAACAAAACGCCACAGUUUUGAUGCAACAGGUUUUUUUUCUCUCUCUCUCUCUCUAUAAAUGUUCCAGAAAGAAUCAGACAAGGGUUUGAUUGAAGUGUUACUUACUCUAUAAAAUGCAUUUUAAGAAUCUAUGUUUUGUCUUACCGAAAAACAAAAUCACGUUGAGUCGAAUCCACUUUAACGGGGGCUCGUCAGUUGCAGGAAUAGGGAAAAUAAGAAGCAAAGGAUUUGUGUUUUUAAAGCACUACCAUCAUCAAUGUAUCUGUUGGCUUGACUACAUUGCCUCUUAUUCCUCACGACUCUGCAAUCUCAGCAUUUCUGUUUUCCAUUUUGAUUUUGUCUUAAUUUGUUUGUUGUUCCUUUUUGUUGACUGCUUCGGGUACUUGACACUUUAUAAUUGUAUACAUGUAUAUACAGCAGGUGGUAAUAUGACAUUGGUCCCCUCUUAAUGCUGAGGUGUACUUACUAAUCGGGUUUUUCCUCUUCGGCUUGAUGUCAUAUUUCUCACAGAGUGACGCUUGUGGGGUGAAUGGAGAGAAAAAAAAAAAUGUAUGAAUGUUUGAUGAAACAAAAAAAACAUAGUCACCCAUUUGUCCUAAACGUUAACACUUGACAUGUAUAGCUCCUGCCCAAAGGAUGAGGAGGUUGAUCCAAUGAAUGUGCUUAACUUUCAGUGCAGUUUUUUCGGAAUCUGUCCUUGUGUGACAAGGCGCGGGUAGCAUUUAACCAACCGCAGGUUAAAGGAAUGGCAGGGAGCCCGAGUGAAAGGUUGACAAAAGAAGAAGAGAUAGAUGAGCACCUUUUUUCUAUGUUUGCACAGCUUUACUAAAGAUAUCCGACGGAGCUAGAGAGUGGAGGGAGGGACACAGAGAGAGACAGGGAGGGAGGUAUAUUUAAAGGAAGUGGACUGGGAGGGAGCGAGUGCAGGUUUAUGUAUCAUGCUUAUUCCAAUCUUUUUGCUCGAGGGACCACACAACCGUGAGGCAACCUGUAUGAUGAAGAGAGUAAUAAAUACCUGUCCAAGUUGGGAGGCCAAAUAGGAGCGCAGCUGCAGCUGGUUGAUGGGGGGAGGGGAACAAGCGAAAGGGGAGGGGGAUCUCACAAUGUCUGUUGCAUUCCAAAAAAUAAUCUCCCCCAGCUCAGCCACGUUUCCAGGCAGGAGGGGAUCAAAUCAGGCCUUUUUCUCUCCCACUCUCUCUCUCCUAUGUAGUCUGCUAAUGCCCCCGAACCAGCCUGGAGGGGAUGUUAUUAUAUUAGAGGCUGGUGUUGCUGUGGGUUGGAGGCCGUUUGGUGUGUGAGUGUGUUUACAUGUACGUGUGUUCCCGUGCGUGUGCAUGUGUGUGCGCGUGGCAGCCAGGGUCCCUCUGGCCACAUCAUCACUGUGUGAGUCAGCCCCAGCCUGUUCAAACAUGCACCCUGAGCUGCCAGGCCCAGUGCACUUUCUCUGUCUCUGUCUCUGUCUCUCUCACUCACACACACACGCAUGCUCACACGCUCGCUGAGUCCAGGUAUCCUGUAGAGAAGGAGAAAAUGCCAGAACUAACAUAUCUGUUUCGAACUUUGUCAGUAACUCCAUAUGUCUGGAUUUGUCAGUUUUGAACUAUCUUAGAAUGUGUCGCUGUAUGGAAACACUUAACAUUGCAGUACAAUAAUGAUAAUUUUGCAAUUAGGAGGUAAUAUUAUGGCCAUAUAUCAUAUUUCCAUAGUAGAUGUGAAGGUAUAUACUGUAGUCAUUUUCAUUACCAAGCUAUUGCCAGGAUAUUACUUUGCAAAUAACUUGGUAUUACUGUAGUAUUAUCUCCUUAUUACUACACAACUACUAUUGUUAUUACCGAAUUAUGAUAUUACCAUAAUUAUACCUUCCUUUUCCAAAAAUGAAUGCCAUUUUAUUAGCAUGUUGUUAUUGUACAGUAAUGUUAAGUGUUAGCAGCUGUGCUUUUGUCCUCUACAUUUAUUAAAAUGUAUUUCCCGAGUGAGCACACUGAGCCUUUGAGGAAGAAAAAAAAAAGAGGACAUCUCUGUGGUUUAGAGCCCCUCCCACUUCACUGCCCCAUAGUACCUGCAGUAGUGCAGUAAUUUACCUACCGGCAGGUUAUGAAAACACUUUCUUUGUUACUGACACAGGCACUUUUGUCAACAAAACGGGUACUUUGAAAACAAACCAGUUAAAAAAAGAGAUAAGUCCUUUCUUCUCUCCAUGGUGGAGACAUUCAGCUCCAUCCCUGGUAUUGUUUAGGUUUGGAUGACAAAUUAAUAAACAUCAAACCUAAAAUAUGCAAAUUCAAAUCUUUAGAGGAGGAGUCAGGCAGAUUUAGCAACAAACAAACAAAUGAAUCAAUUAAUCCAUAUACACAGAUUGCACUUGAAGUUAGUUAUUUAAAGAGGUCUAGUGAUUUGUCUUUGUCUUAAAGUGCGUGUAAACACUUUCUCUCCAGUCUUGUGUUCAGGAUUGUUUUUGGCCUGUUUAUAAAUAUGGACUAAUGACGCUCCAGUGCCAUAGUUAGCAUAACUCCUCAAACGCUGUAAUGACAUGAAAAUCUUCAGUGCACUACACCUACACUACUGCCUUUGGUUUGCUAGCUAGCUGACAUGUCUGUGUCCCAAAGAUUUGUCUUCCCUUGAUGGAAAAAAAAAAACAUGCAGAAUAUCUCUGCCACAUAAUUUAAAACUCUUAAAAGAUGAGGAAAUGCCGUAGAGAAAAAGAGCAGACUCCUGCUUUAAGACCGCAGGUACCACUGAGGACUGUAGCUAAACCACCUCUGUGUUUGUGUACGGUAUGUCGUUAAACUGCUGAGCUUUUAUGUUUAUAUUCUGUACAAACACUGACAAAUAGUGAUGUUUACCUGCUUUGGUCUGCACUAAAGCGUGUGUGUGUGUGUGUGUGUGCUUCUGUGCAUAUGGAGUGGACACUCACUCACAUACAGGCUUUAGUGGGGACCAAAGCAAGUGAACAUCACUUUUUUGUUGUACGGGAAGUUUGAAACCGGUGCAUUUACGUUAAUAUCCUGUACAAACACUGACAAACAGCGACGUUCACCUGCUUUGGGCCGCACUACUCGAGCAGAGAAUGUUGCUGAGUUUUACAUGAUUUAAAACCUAAUAUUUGAACACAAAGACAUGACUUUUUUUAAGUGGUCAGUAACGCGUUUUCCUGUGAGAUGACAAAAUCAGAUUAUUUUUCCAUCGUUUACACGCACUUUAAUGUUCAGACAGGGGAUGGAAAGAUGAGACAAAGAAAGAAGGAAAGGUAGUGUGUUUAUGCGUGUGUGUGUGUGUGUGAGUGUGCACAAGCAUGCAUUGCUGGCUGGCAGGCUGGAGGGUCUCGAGACAAGCUUGGAUAAACAAACUUCAUGUCUAACCCAUCUGUUCACCAGCUUCUCUCAUAACUACACAUGUUCUCAGAGGAUCCUCGGUGAUAAUAGGUCCACGGUACCACAGAAGCAAAAACAAAAAAAACCCUCCCUUAUUGUAACUCAUUGGACGGUGUGGCUUGUUUACUUCACGGCUCUCUUGGUGCAGAUUUGCACAACUCUUGGUUUCGUUUACUCUCGUCGGUCAUUCUUCAGCAUUGGCAAUGUCUUACUGCAGUCUCACCUUUUAUUAUUGCUUCUGCAUUAUGAUAAAUAUGGGGUUCAUGAUUGCACAGUGUGACUCCCACAGGUCUACCUGCUUUGUGAUGUUUAUGUGUAGAGGUACUCUGUAUGGACUUCUUGAUGAGGCAGACUAUUGUAACUAUUGAGACCUUUGAGCCCCCCCCCUGUCAGUAACCAAAGCUUUUUUUUCCUCCUCAGUCUUAAUCUCAUAUAGACCAGAGAUGUUAAAAAUAUGUCUAUAAUUUAUCCAGAAGGGGCCUCCUCCUCACCAAGCCACACAGAGAUGCCCCCUCCUCUUGAGUGCAUAUGCAGAAAUGUGUGCAGUGUCAUACAGACAUUUACUUGAGUUUGCUGUCUCUCGCUUUUUGUUUUCUUGUGAACAAUAUAGAAUCAGAGGUUUAAAGAUGUAUAGAUAUUUUUUCUGUCUCCACUCAAUUUUCUUAAUAACCAUUUGCUAAUAGCUUUUUUUCUAGCAAUUGUACAUGGCUGUGCGUGUUAAGUGUGUGUGUGUGUGUGUGUGUGUGUGCAUGUCUGUCGAUGGGUCGGGGAUGGUAUGGUGGGGUUUUUCUUUUUGUUGCUGUGCCAGGGGGGUGGGGUAAAUGGGUGCAUGGGUGGGGUUAUGGAUAUAAAGCCUGAUAGCACUGGAAAUGGUGCUUUAGCUGAGAGAGCAAAAGUUUGCACUAACGUUCAAUGUCCUUGUCCUGCUUAUGGAAGAAGGGCAGGCAACCUCAGAGAGACCUGUGAGUUUCCACAAGCACAGAGCUGUGUGGUUGCUACUCAACUGUCUCAUAAAAAAAAAAAAAAGUCCAUCCAAUUCCCGCCAUAGAAAUAAUCAUGUACAGUGUAUUAAGGAG